CACAAUGCGCGCCUCAGGACUAAGUCUGCUACUGCUGGUAGCACUGCUAGCUACCGCGCUGGCAGCCGUCUCCUACCGGGGACACAAAGUCUACCGGCUGGUGCCGACGGAGGAGCAGCUGCAGGCGCUGUCUCAGCUGCGGGAGCAGCCGGCGCUCGACUUCUGGUCGCGAGCCCACCGCGCCGGCCACCCCGUGGACGUGAGGGUGCCGCCGCACGUGCACGACCACUUCCGGGGAGUCCUCGACCGCCACGGAGUGCUGCACCACGUGCUCAUCGACGAUCUCGAGCAGAUCUUUGAGAAGGAGCGAAAUAUGACGCUGGUGAAAUCCAUCCCUAAAACCCCCGAGAGUCGCAUCUCAUUCACCGAGUACCAGCGCUAUGAUGAAAUUCGGCAGUACCUGUCGCAGCUGGCAGCAAGCUAUCCCAGUACAGUAACUGUGCAGACCAUCGGACAGACGUACGAGGGUCGCCCUCUGGAUAUCAUCCAGAUAUCCUCUGGAGGCGGCGGCUCCAGGCCGGUCAUCCUGAUCGACGCCGGCAUCCAUGCCAGGGAGUGGAUCGCGCCAGCUGCCGCCCUCUACGUCAUCAACCAGCUGGUCGAGAACGCAGCCGAGAGCGCGCUCACAGACAGCGUCGACUGGCACAUCAUCCCCGUGCUCAACCCCGAUGGAUACGAGUACACCUUCACAGAUGCGCGCAUGUGGAGAAAGACACGAUCAAGAGAAUCCAAUGUGUGCGUGGGGGUGGACGGCAACAGGAACUUUGAUUUCCACUGGAAUGAGAUUGGCGCCAGCAACUUCCCCUGCUCUGAAAUUUAUGCCGGUUCUGAGGCGUUCUCGGAGUCUGAGACGCAAGCCCUCAGAGACUACAUCCUGGCCAACGCCAACCGCAUCAAACUUUACCUCACAUUCCACAGCUACGGACCCUUCAUACUCUACCCGUGGGGCUACACUACCGAACUGCCUGACGACUGGGAAACUCUGGACGCCUUGGCACGCCAAGCAGAUGCCGCCCAGCAAGCUGCAGGGGGCCCUAGCUACGACAUCGGUAGCUCUACAAACGUCUUGUACGCAGCGGCUGGCGGCAGUGAUGACUGGACGAAGGGUGUCGGCGGAGUAGCCCUCUCCUACACCAUCGAACUUCCUGGUGGCGGCAACCAGGGUUUCAAUCCUCCAGCGUCAGACAUCCUCAACUUGGUGACGCCAUUCUUCGAAGCCGUGCGCGUCUUCGGCCAAUAUGUUGCUGAUAACUAUGGAUAAAAAGAAUCAGUACUCACCUAUAAUUUGUAUAUGUUACAUGUUUUUUCUGGAAUAAAGAGAGAUUUCUGUUCAGGU